UGCCUCGCUCGGAUGCGGGAGGACCCCGCCGCGCCCGCUGCCCCCCGACGGCACGGGCCGGGGCCCCGCAUGGAGCGGCCGCCGGGAGCCCCGCCGCCCCGCUGAGCCCCGCGGCGGCCCGGGGGGGGGACCCCGGCCCGGGGGAGGGGGGCAUGGCGCUGAGCUCCCGGGCUCACGCCUUCUCGGUGGAAGCCCUGGUGGGGCGCUCGGCCAAGAGGAAGGUGCCCGACGGGCGAGACGACGAGGCCGGGGCCGGCUGCAGGCAGAGCCGCAGAGCCCCGGAGCCGGAGAAGCGGCCCAAGGCCGGCGCCGAGAGCCGGGAGGCGAGGGACGAGGUGCAGGUGGAGCUGCAGGGCUCCGAGCUCUGGAGGAGGUUCCACGAGAUCGGCACCGAGAUGAUCAUCACCAAGGCCGGCAGGAGGAUGUUCCCGUCGGUCAGGGUGAAGGUGAAGGGGCUGCAGCCGCUGCAGCAGUACUACAUCGCCAUCGACGUGGUGCCCGUGGACUCCAAGCGCUACAGGUACGUCUACCACAGCUCGCAGUGGAUGGUGGCGGGGAACACGGACCACUCGUGCAUCACGCCGCGGCUCUACAUCCACCCCGACUCGCCCUGCUCGGGGGAGACGUGGAUGAGGCAGAUCGUCAGCUUCGACCGGGUGAAGCUGACCAACAACGAGCUGGACGACAAGGGGCACAUCAUCCUGCAGUCCAUGCACAAGUACAAGCCCCGCGUGCACGUUAUCGCCCAGGACUCCCGCUUCGACUUGGCGCAGAUCCAGUCGCUGCCGGCCGAGGGGGUGCACACCUUCUCCUUCCAGGAGACCGAGUUCACCACGGUGACGGCCUACCAGAACCAGCAGAUCACGAAGCUGAAGAUCGACAGAAACCCCUUCGCCAAAGGCUUUCGGGACCCCGGCAGGAACAGGGGAGUUCUGGACGGGCUCCUGGAGCCCUACCCGUGGCGGCCCCCGCUCGCCCUGGACUUCAAGGCUUUCGGCGCCGACAGCCACGGUGGGAGCUCCAGCUCUUCUCCAGUGACCUCCAGCGGUGGGACGCCCUCUCCUCUCAACCCCCUGCUUUCCCCGUCGUGCUCCCCUCCUGCCUUCCAUCUGUCAGCGACCAACAUCGGCGUGCCGUGCCCUGAGACCUACCUGCACAGCCUCAGCCUGCCCCUCUACUACAAGAUCUGCCCCGCGAGCUUCCUGAGGCAGCAGUCCCUCAUCUUCCCAAGCCAUGAGAAACUGGGAGGCGCCAGCCCGCCGGCCUUGCCCCACUUCAUGGUGGAUAUGCCAAAACUCUCUGCCCUCGGCGUAACAAGCCUGAAAAAUGGUAAAUCUGAAGACUUAAACGGGCAGUGCCUUCAAGUACCCGGUUCUGCUAGUCAAAUGCUGUAUGGAUUACAUGCAUCUGGAAACAUUUUCCCAUCAAGUCCCAUUGCUCGGGAAGCACUUAAUUGUUCUUUACAUCCUCCAUAUGGCUUGUACGGUUAUAACUUCUCUGUGCCAUCUAGACUGAUGAAUGCAGCAAGCCAUUUCAAAGUGAGUGACAGCAUUCCAGCUUCUUUUAGAGAUGGCAGAUGUAAUCACUCCAACUGGCACUCGGCAAUUAACCAUUGCCUUUAGUGGGAUUUUGUAAUAUCUCUAAGCAUUGGCGUGUAAAGCAAGCCUGUUCUUCAGCCAUACCCAGGGGCUUGCUAAUUUCCGAGUACGAAAUACCGCAUGGGGCAGGAGUGCUCUGUCUAGGCGGUUCAUUUUUGGUGGGCAAAUGUGUCGUAUUGCCGGGAGUGCAGAGGAUCUGGGAGCGAGGAUUUGCGAUGAUCCGCAGCAAGGUGAUACCUGUUGGUGGUAUUUAUGUCAUGGUUGUAGGUUAAGAGCGAGCUGUACAGUCACCUUUUUCAAAUUUGCACUCUGAAGCGGGAACGUAGCCGUAUACACUUCCACAAGUAUGUUUUCCUGAAACUAUCUAGCUUUCUUUUAGUUAGCUCAAAGCCCUGUGAGCUCAUCCCGCUGGAGAUUUUCCACUAAACCCAGAGGGGCUGUCUGAGGCCUCGAGGUGCCGUGCGUGGCCAGGAGCUCGGGCGUGCUCUGCCGCUGCCUUGAGUCCUGAAUAACCACGUGGAAAUGCCUCGAUGCUCCAGGGCCGGGGUGACUCGGCUCUCAGAGCAGGAACGUGAAGCCAAGGCCCUGCUGCCAAGGUGAAGGAGGACGGGGAAAAGUGACCAGGGGCUGUGGCACAGAGCCCGGAGCCCCUCUGCUGUGUGCUGCCGGGAGCAAGGCACCGGGUCGGAUCCACACCGGGGGGCUUGGCUCAGAGACCUCGGCAGGGAAAAACGCCUCCUGAAACUGCUGGAGAACGUGGGUCGUUUCUGGAGGGCUGCAGCUCGACAAGCCCUGAAGCACGAGACUGGAAAUCCCUUCCAAAAGUCCUGUUUGUUUUAUUAUAACCUGUGGAUAUUCUUGUUAUUCCUGUAAAUAAUCUCUAGUCCCAGGGGCGCAAAGUAACUCACAGUAAAUCGGGGCACAGAUUAUAUUUUUUGUUUGAUCAGUGAUCAGUCCAUACCUGGAGCCAGCUUUAUCACUCAAUAUGUGACAGAGAUUGGAAAAAAGUGCUUGAGUGGGGCCUGCCAUAUUUUGGGAUUAAGAUAAAAGAAUCCUGUAUUUACAAACAUAACACAGCAAUAUAUAGGGAUUAAAUGUAGGUUUAAGAAUCAAAACCGG